AUGGUAACUCAAUGUGAAGCAAGAUGAGUUCAGAGAUUAAGGUUGAAGUCCUUCAAAAAGAAACAAUCACACCAUCCUCUCCAACUCCUCCCCACCUUGAAAAUUUGAGCCUCUCUGUUUUUGAUCAGCUCCAGCCUGAAUUUUAUGUCCCACUACUUCUCUUCUAUCCCAACAAUAGGGAUGGCAGCAAUGUUGAUCACCAGUCUUUGGCAGCAGAAAGAUCAAACCUUUUAAAAACAUCAUUGUCUACAACCCUCACUCACUUCUAUCCGUUUGCAGGAAAAUUUGAAUAUAAUGUUUCGAUAAGUUGCAAUGAUCAUGGGGCUGCAUUUCUUCAAGCCCAAGUGAACUGUCCCAUAUCCAAAGUUCUGGAAAAACCUGAUCACGAGGUUUUAAAACAAUUGCUUCCAGCUGAUAUAGCAUCCACACAAGAAAUCGCAGGCCACCUUCUACUCGUCCAGGCCAACUUCUUUGAAUGUGGUGGGAUGGCAAUUGGAGUCAACAUCUCUCAUAAGGUUGGUGAUGCUUUUACAUUCAGCAAAUUCAUUAAUAGCUGGGCUGCAAUUUCUUUGGGCUCCAGUGCUUCUGAUCAUAUAGUGGUUCCAGCGGUAGAAUUUGGAGUUGUGGCUUCUAUCUGUCCACCACUAGAUUUCUUCAACUCGGGACUACCUAUUGCUGAAUUUGCGAAAGGAAAAUCGGUCACAGAAAGACUCGUGUUUGAAGCCUCAAAGAUUGAUGCUCUGAAGGCCAAAGCUGCCAGCUCCACCGUGCCAAAUCCUACACGUGUUGAAGUUGUAUCUGCACUCAUUUGGAAAUGCGCAACAGAAGCAUCAAGAUCAAACUCGGGUUAUGUGAGGCCAUCUAUAUGGUGUCAAGUGGUGGACAUGCGGAAAAGAUCAGGGCAGCCCUUGACAGAAAAUGCACUGGGCAACUUUGUUUGGUUUUUUGCAUCAAUGACAAUGGAAAGUGAAGUAGAUCUCCAAAGUCUGGUUUCUAAGUUAAGGAAAGGCAUUGAAGAAUUUGAAGAUAAAUAUCCAAAUGGAGUUAGUCCGCAGGACGUAUGUCAAACCAUACAAGAAUCUGGGAAUCUCAUGACAAAGGAUGGUAUUGACAAUUACAGUUGCAGCAGCUGGUGCAGAUUUCCCUUCUAUGAAGCCAAUUUCGGAUGGGGUAAACCAUCAUGGGUAAGUAUCUGUACAAUGCCAGCCAAGAACACAAUUCAAUUGACAGAUACGAGUGAUGGAAAGGGAAUAGAAGUAUCAUUGGCUUUGAAAGAAGACGAUAUGGCCAUUAUCAGUAGCAAUGAGGAGCUGCUUGCAUAUGCAUCUCUAGAUCCAGCUGCUGUUUAGCCAGUAGAAGAAAGAAGAAGAAAUAAAGCAAUAUUUUCAGAAUCUUCUCAUCGUUUUCAUAUUUUUCAUUGCUUUGAUGCUUGUUCUGCUCGUUAAGAAAAAAAAGUCCGUUUGCUUUCACACUUCUACUAAAGUGUAAAUGUUUUGAUGGUGUCACUCCUUCUCUUGAUGAAAUUCUUGUGCAAGCUGUUGAGGACAGAAAAGUAACCGAUGCAUGAUCCCCAUAACAAGCUAGGGACAUCAACAUGAAGCGCCAUUCAAA